AUGAAUACAACUAGUCCCGUAGUACAAACGGACCCACGAACGUCGAUUGAGAAAAUCUCGGAGCGUCAGAGAAAUGUGUUGGUAAAGAAUCCUAAGAGAGAUGUGCCUCGGAAAGAUAUGCCUGGGCAUUUUCACUCUGAUAAACUAGCCAGCACUGAAGAGCAACCAAAGGAAUUGCCAACAGAAACACAGCACAAUAAAGACGGACAGUUAGCUCCAUCUACGAGGGAACCGGACCGUCCCGUAGAGAUACUUAACAAGGAGGAUAAUGCUACUCGACCGAAAGAAGGUAGUGGUGCAGAGGGUGAAAAGACCAUCAUAGACCUCAAGGAUACCGUGGAUACCGAUGAGACUAUUACUUAUGCUCCAGCGGUUACGCACGAAAUCAUUCAGCCACAAGUGCACGAGAUUCUGGAAGAACAGAUAUACCGCGAGAUCCACAAUCAUGACGUAUACCAUCGAAUCCAACCUGUUUAUGAGGUUGAGAUCCUUCCUGCCCGUCAUUUUGUCCCCGGACCCAACGGUGGCCUGGUUGAAGUACCCGAGGAUUCUAUCCCAGAGUGUACAGGUGAGAAUCAAAAAUGGCACGUUAGCAACAGACCGGCUCGCGAUGCGUCGUUACCAGAUACUCUACGUCAGCCAGAGUCUAUAGUUGAAAAUAACGCUAUUCGCGAGCCUGAGCCUGAGCCUAUUGAUAAAGAAGCUGAAAAGGGGGACGAUCUCGAGCUUACGAAGACCCAAACCACCAUCGACAACCAAGAAUUCAAAGACGUGUACUCUGAUAGCUGGCAAUCUAGUGCUGCUCGCAUAUUCUAG